AAAAGUCAAGACUCAUCACAUAACCAAGUAACCAAUCAACCACCACCAAUUCUCAAUCUCUCAAAUCUCUAUUUUUAUUUAUAGAGAACUUUUCUAAGUUGGGUUAAAAAGUUGUAAAUUUUGAAGUGUUUGAAUUAGAAUUGUUGAAGGAAAUGGAAGCACAGUUUAUUGAAAGAUACCAUAGUCAUCAGCCUAGUGAACAUCAGUGUUCUUCAUCUCUUGUUAAACACAUCAAAGCACCAGUUGAUAUUGUUUGGUCACUAGUGAGGAGAUUUGAUCAGCCUCAGAAGUAUAAGCCAUUUAUUAGCAGGUGUACUGUGAAGGGUGAUCUUACAAUUGGUAGUGUUAGAGAGGUGAAUGUCAAGUCUGGUCUUCCAGCCACCACUAGCACUGAAAGAUUGGAACUUCUUGAUGAUGAGGAGCACAUCCUUGGCAUCAGAAUCGUUGGUGGUGAUCACAGGCUAAAGAACUAUUCUUCGGUUAUUACAGUUCAUCCGAAGACACUUGAUGGUAGACCGGGGACAUUGGUGAAUGAGUCAUUUGUAGUGGAUGUGCCUGAAGGGAACACUAAAGAGGAGACUUGCUACUUUGUGAGGGCCUUAAUUAAUUGCAAUCUGAAAUCACUAGCUGAUGUAUCUGAGAGAAUGGCUAUAUGCAGGGAGGUGUUCUACCCGUCAGUGUGAACUGGUCUUCUAGUAACCAGAUCGAGACAUGAAAUCUUUGGGGCUAUGCAUAGAUUUGCAAGAAGCUAGGCUUCAGCCUCUUUGAAAUUUGCUUCUGCUUGUAAUCUGUCUAGACUUUUAUGCAUCAACAGGGCGUUGUAUGGUGUAUCCUGUUAUCAUGCAAGUUUUAUUUAUGGAGGUUUUGUCUUCUUUUACUAUCUUGCGGUUCUCAUGAUGGUGUUUGAGGGUCUUUUCAUAUUCUGUAAAUACUUCUGUAGGGUAGUGCUGAUCAGCGACUUGUUUUGAGCUGGUAGAUGCAACUUUUAGCUUGCGAAAAUUAUGGGCGGAAUAUUUGCAGCUUGUUUCCAGAGCUUUGUAUAUAUAAAAGUUGUAGAACUCUUGUCUGGACUAAGAGUAAAGAAGAGUGAUUUUCCUUUAUUAUUA